CCUUCUCACUCCCAACCCACAGCUCCAGCGGACUAUCACGGGGCUUUGGACAGAAACGACCCGACGAUAAGACGCCGAACAGAGGCCGAGAUGGCAGAGCUCGGCGCGGGCAGCCUGCCGUUAGGAGACCCAGCUUUUAACUACCAGGAGCACGAACUGAGCGAGCGGCUGAAGCGGCUCUACCCGGCUGUGAACGAGGAAGAGACCCCGUUGCCCCGCUCCUGGAGUCCCAAGGAUAAAUACAGCUACAUCGGGCUGUCACAGAACAACCUGCGGGUCCAUUACAAAGCUGAGGACGGCUGUCCGUCCACAGUGCCCUCUGGAGGCCUGGAGGUGUUCCCUCUGGUGGCCUGGAGGUCUUCCCUCUGGGCUGAGAAGCUGCUUGGUGGAGCGGCCCGCAGCGGCAUGUCCUGCAUCACAGGAACCCGGGCCGCCGUGCACGUGAGAGGUGCGCACGCCGGCCUGGAGGUGUCUGCUGACGGCCAGCUGCAGGGGCAUGGAAAGAACCACAAGGACGCGGCCUCGGUGCGGGCCACCCACCCCAUCCCCGCCGCCUGCGGGAUCUACUACUUCGAGGUGAAGAUCGUCAGUAAAGGUCGAGACGGGUAA